GGGAGAAAAUUAGAGCUCAGGAUCAAUGGCGUUUUGCAGCGCUUGCGGGUGGCUGGUUCUGAGUCUGAUUGUGGCUGUCUUAGCUCAAGUGAAUUGCAUUGAUAUCUAUUAUCAGUGGAUAGUUUCCUUAGACUACUUUCUGGAUCCUCUUGGAGGUUCUAAGCCUGUGAUCACCAUCAAUGGGAUGUUUCCAGGCCCCCUGAUCAAUUCCACAACUAAUGAUGUUGUUCAUGUCAACGUCUUCAACGAUAUGAAUGAGCCUAUGCUCAUAACAUGGAAUGGGAUACAGCAGAGGUUAAACUCAUGGCAGGAUGGAGUGUCUGGAACUAAUUGCCCCAUUGAGCCUGGCACAAACUGGACUUAUGUUUUCCAGACUAAAGAUCAGAUUGGGACUUACACCUAUUUCCCUUCCAUCCUUAUGCAGAAGGUGGCUGGAGGAUAUGGGCCGAUUCGUGUCAACAACCGCGAUGUGAUACUUGUCCCCUUCCCGAAACCAGAAGCUGAGUUUGAUCUUCUCAUCGGGGACUGGUUCCGGGAUGAUCACAAGCUUCUUAGGAUUUACUCAAGAUUCAAGUCCUCCAACUCUUAUCUCGAUGAGCCUGACGCGAUUCUGAUCAAUGGCAAAGGAUCUGCAAACCCCGAGUCUCUCACUGUCACAAAAGGGAAGACAUAUCGGCUAAGGAUAUCAAACGUUGGGAGUGUGUUCAGCUUCAAUGUCAGAAUCCAGAACCAUAAAAUGGUGGUGGUGGAAACAGAAGGCUCUUACACCAACCAGAUAACGUUAGACUCCCUGGACGUGCACGUUGGACAGUCAUACUCACUUCUUGUUUCUGCUGAUCAAGACGAUGCAGAUUACUACAUUGUAGCUGCUCCUAAGCUGCACGAAGCCAACGAAACCAGCCCUCUCAUCGCCAAAGGGAUACUUCAUUACGCCGAUUCCGUCGCUGCACAGCCCGCCGGUCCUCUGCCGGAAGGCCCUGACCCCUUUGAUCUCCAGUUUUCAAUCAACCAAGCAAAAUCUAUCAGGUGGAACUUGACGGCCGGAGCUGCGAGGCCUAAUCCACAAGGGACGUUCAACGUGACCAACAUUACACUGUCGCAGACCUUCGUCCUCCAUGGCUCCAAGGGCGAAAUCCGAGGAACCCCGGGCUACCUAGUCAACAACGUCUCGUAUCUAACACCAGACACCCCAUUGAAGCUGGCCGAUUACUUCGUCAACGGCGCCGGCGUCUACAAACUCGACGAGUUCCCAACUCACUCCGUGAAAGACGCUGCGGAUUACGGCGUCUCCGUCGUCUCCGGCACCCAUAAAGGCUGGCUGGAAAUCGUUUUCCAUAAUGACCUCGCCGUCAUGGAUUCUUGGCACUUGGAUGGCUUUGGCAUGCACGUCGUAGGAUAUGGAGACGGAGAAUGGACGCCGGCGGCGCGUGAGACGUACAAUUUGUACGAUCCGGUGGUUAGGUCGACGGUGCAAGUGUACCCGGGAGGAUGGACGGCGGUGUAUGUGUUCCUGGACAAUCCAGGAAUGUGGAACUUGAGAUCACAACAUGUUAAACAUUGGUACUUAGGACAACAACUCUACAUUAGAGUUCACGACGAUGAUCCCAAUCCGGCCAAGGAGAAGCCACCUCCGACCAACCUCCUCCUUUGUGGAAUAUUUGCAACUUCACCUUCACCCGCUCCCGCUCCUCAAGCAGGAGGCUGAUUACAUACUUUGGAAUGCUGAUUAUGAGUUUGCAUAGUUAAAAAAAUUAGUAUACAAUUUUAUCAUUGUCCUCCAUAAUUUAUAAAUAAUGUUCAGUGUAUCAACUACCAAAGAUGAUAAUUUUAUAAAUCUUUAUUCUUCCUUGAUCAACAUCAAGAUCAAGUUUCAUGUAA